CCACUCUCGAAGCUUCAGCCUCACAGUAUCUAGUCUCCAGAGCUUCAGCUCACUCACUAUCUUCAUCCUCCUCUCAACCACCACCAACCCCCCCAAAUCCCACCGCCGAGCUCACAACGUCCAAGAAACCACUCGCGGGCAGCUUGACACGCCGCGGAUCCAGGCCCUGCGAUGGCCGCUUGGGCGGCGCUCCUGGCCGUCGUCCUCGCGCUGUCGUGCGCGCGGGAGCGGCGGCUCCUGGCGGCCGACGCGGCCGUGGGGGUCAACUGGGGCACCCUGUCGUCGCACCGCGCGCCGCCGCAGGUGGUGGUGGACCUCCUCCGGGCCAACCGGAUCGGGAAGGUCAAACUCUUCGACGCCGAUGCCAGCGUGCUGCGCGCGCUGGCGCGCAGCGGCAUCGAGGUCAUGGUCGGCGUCACCAACGGCGAGCUCGCCGGCAUCGCCGGGUCCCCGGCGGCCGCCGAUGCCUGGGUCGCGCAGAACGUCUCGCGCUACGUCGGCCGCGGCGGCGGCGUCGACAUCCGAUAUAUUGCAGUGGGAAAUGAGCCAUUUCUGACAAGCUACCAGGGCCAGUUUCUGUCAUACGUUAUUCCAGCAAUGGCGAAUAUUCAGCAAUCACUGGUGAAGGCUAAUCUUGCUAGCUACGUGAAGCUAGUAGUCCCGUGCAACGCCGACGCAUAUGAGGGCACCGUUCCGUCGCAAGGAGCGUUCAGGACUGAAUUGACUCAGAUAAUGACCCAGCUUGCAGCAUAUCUAAGUUCCAACGGAGCUCCAUUCGUGGUCAAUAUCUACCCGUUCCUCAGUCUUUACCAGAAUUCCGACUUCCCAGAAGAUUAUGCCUUCUUUGAGGGAUCAACUCAUCCACUUGUAGAUGGCUCCAACGUGUAUUACAAUGCUUUUGACGGCAAUUUCGACACGUUGAUUUCUGCUCUGGGUAAAAUCGGCUACGGGCAACUACCCAUUGCAAUUGGCGAGGUGGGUUGGCCGACUCAGGGAGCACCAAGUGCAAACUUGACUGCAGCAAGGGCGUUCAACCAAGGACUCAUCAACCGUAUCAUGAGCAACAAAGGGACUCCCCUCCGCCCUGGUGUUCCUCCGGCUGAUGUCUAUCUUUUCGGCCUUCUUGAUGAGGAGCAGAAGAGUGUGCUACCAGGAAACUUCGAGCGACACUGGGGGAUCUUCUCAUUUGAUGGACAGGCCAAGUACCCGUUAAACCUUGGGUUAGGCAACCCAGUGCUGAAGAAUGCUAAAGAGGUGCCGUAUCUUCCGUCGCGGUGGUGCGUCGUGAACCCGGCUCAGAGCCUUGACAAGGCGUCAACUCACCUGAAGCUUGCUUGCGACAUGGCGGAUUGCACCACUCUCUACUACGGAGGGUCGUGCAACGGCAUCGGAGAGAAGGGCAACGUUUCCUUUGCUUUCAACAGCUACUAUCAGAUGCAGAAGCAGGAUGCCAAGAGCUGUGACUUUGAUGGGCAUGGGCUAAUAACUUUCCUUGAUCCAUCUAUGGGUGAAUGCCACUUUCUUGUUGGCAUUGAUGAUAGCAAGAGCUCUGCGGCUGCCUCUUGCGGCCAUUGCUGCGGGGUCUUCUGCGGGGUGUCGAUUUUUGCUUUGUGGGUGCUCAUGUACCUUAGGAUGAUGGGCUCUGCCUAGCGUUGGAAAUGGUCUGUUGGGGCACGAUAGGCGUGCCUUUGUGAAAUACUACUAGCUUGUACGCUUGACUUUUUAGUUCUAGAUGACUAGAUAUGAAUCCUAGAUUAUCGUGAGAUUAGCGAAGAAGACAAUUUUAGUCAUAUAUGGAGAUUAAUUUAUUGUUUAAA